AUGAGGAAUCAAGUGCAACAUCUGGAUGAAAAUUUGGGUGGACAAAUGGCUGUGAUUUGCUACCGGCCGCCUUUUUUCUAUGGUAGCCCAAGCCCUCAAGAUACCCAAAAGGAGUAUAGCUAUAACCAUGAAGAACUGAUGUUAACGAUCGAAUGUUUGAAGAUGGAGAAGGAGAAAUUACGGCUUUUGAACCAGAGAAUGAUUGGUAAAGAGCUUGACGGUAUGUGUUAUUCGGAACUGUUGGUGCUUAGCUGUGCGAUACAGAGUGGUAUGUUGAAAGCCGAAGAAGAGAAUAAGAAGAUAAAAAGUGCAAGGCAGGUUCUUGUGGGCAUUUAG